CUGCCAUGCCAGGGGAGGGCAAACCAGUUUGGGGUGGCUGCAGCCCAGCAAGCUCACCUUUGCCAUGCUUCUCAUCAGGGGGUUCCUGCAUCACCCUCCAUGUGCACACAUGGGAAGGAGGCAGGUGGCCCAGGGAUCUAACCCCUCCUCAUUCUGGCACGGCUGGGUCCCCUGCCAGGGGCACACAGGGCUUGCACAGGGGCUGGGCUCACAGGGAAGGCCAUGGCUCCCAGCACUGCUCCCCCUGAGGAUCCCUGGGCAUGGUGGGACAGCAGUAAGAGGGAGUAAGACCUGCAAAUGACGUGAUUUUGUCCCAGUUAUGUUUUUUCCUGGUACCCAGCCACUUUUGGGGGUCCUGGGCCCAAACACCCCUCUGUACCUGGCUGUUGAGGCAGUGCCCACGGGAGGAUGGAGGCUUAGCGAUGGAUCUGGAUUUGCUCCUUUCCAGCUCUGCAGCCUGCAGCACACACACACAGUUAAUCACAGGCCGUGCAGAGCUGGCUGCUUACCUGGCUGGAGCGGUGCCUGCCGAGGGAGGGACGUGGGCACGGUUCCACACCUUGCAGGGCAAGCAUCACUGCAAAAAUAUUUACUGAGAAAAGUGCAGCUCCACCCCGAGGAAAACCGGGUCCGGGAGCGGAGCCCCGUGCAGGUUUGCACUGGGUGAGCCGGGAAUGAAUGCGAGCGGCUGCAGGGAGCCGAGCGCUGCCCAGCGCCUCCGGCCGGCCGGGGGCAGCGGGCAGGGGCUGGGCGAGGCAGGGAGCUCCGGGGAGCCUGGCCAGGGCAGGGAGCCCUCUGUGCCUCGGGGGGCAGCCGUGGGCCCCGUGCUGGCCCUGCUGCUGCUGCUGCUGCUGUGCCCCCCGCCCGCGGCAGCGUGCCCGGCCGCCUGCCGCUGCUCUUCGGCAGACACGGACUGCAGCGAGCGGGGCCUCCGGGAGGUGCCCUGGAGCCUCUCGGCCAACACCAGCUCGCUGUGGCUCGGCCACAACUUCAUCAGCGUGCUGGGGCCGCGCUGCUUCCCCCCGCUGCCGGGGCUGCGGCUGCUCAGCCUGGCGCACAACCGCCUGGAGCGCAUCCACAGCCGGGCGCUGCUGGGGCUCGGGGCGCUGCGGGAGCUGGACCUCAGCCACAACCGCCUCACCCUGCUGACCCCCGAGACCUUCCUGCCCCUCUCCAGCCUGGCCAAGCUCAACCUGGGCAGCAACAGGCUGGGGGAGCUGGAGCCGGGCGUGCCGGGCGCCUUGCCCCAGCUCCAGGCGCUUCUCCUGCAGGACAACCCCUGGGUGUGCAGCUGCAGCAUCCUGCCCCUCUGGCGCUGGCUCAGCCGCAACAGGGAAAAAGUGCGAGAGAAGAGUUUGCUCCUCUGCAGAGCUCCGGAGCAGCUGAACAAGUAUCCCAUCAUGGCCUUUGGGGAUGAGUCCUUCAGGCAGUGCCAGGACACCUUGCUGUCCCCCGAGCACUACAUCUCCUUCUUCAUCAUUGGACCCUUCUCCUUCAUCGCCAGCAUCUUCUUCUGCACCUUCCUGGGCUCCCUGGUGGUGUUCUGCCACAGCCUGCGCCGGGAGAGCCACUGCUGGAGGAGACCCCGCAUCUGCAGGGUGCACUGAGGGCUCAGCCAGGCUGUGCCUGCCCAGGGUGUGCCUGCCCAGGCUGUGCCCGGCCCUGGCUCUGCCCUGCCCAGGCUGUGCCCUGCCCUGGCUGUGCCCUGCCCAGGCUGUGCCAGCCCAGGCUGUGCCUGCCCAGGGUGUGCCUGCCCAGGCUCUGUCCUGCCCAGGGUGUGCCUGCCCAGGCUGUGCCCGGCCCUGGCUCUGCCCUGCCCAGGCUGUGCCCUGCCCAGGCUGUGCCCUGCCCUGGCUGUGUCCUGCCCUGGCUCUGCCCUGCCCAGGCUGUGCCCUGCCCAGGCUGUGCCCUGCCCAGGCUCUGUCCUGCCCAGGCUCUGCCCUGCCCUGGCUGUGCCCUGCCCUGGCUCUGCCCUGCCCAGGCUGUGCCCUGCCCUGGCUGUGCCCUGCCCAGGCUGUGCCCUUCCCUGGCUGUGUCCUGCCCAGGCUCUGUCCUGCCCAGGCUCUGUCCUGCCCAGGCUCUGUCCUGCCCUGGCUGUGCCCUGCCCAGGCUGUGCCUGCCCAGGCUGUGUCCUGCCCUGGCUGUGCCUGCCCAGGCUGUGCCCUGCCCAGGCUCUGUCCUGCCCAGGCUGUGUCCUGCCCAGGCUCUGUCCUGCCCAGGCUCUGCCCUGCCCAGGCUGUGCCCUGCCCAGGCUGUGCCUGCCCUGGCUCUGCCCUGCCCAGGCUGGGCCUCAUCCAUGCUCCUCUCCAGCUGCCUGCACCCACCUGUUGCAAACUCGUCCCUGUGGACCAGUGAGAUGAAGUUCUGUUCCUGGAAUCACUCUGGGUUUUCUCAGAAUCCCCCAAGAUGGUGCCAAGCUGCCUCUGCCAGGGAGGAGCAGCCUCCGGCCCAGCUCCCUGCAGCCUGACCACCAAUGCUCUCAGUUUUGGGAGGUUCCCCAAAGCCACCUUCAGAUCUGGGGCACCCCUUGUCCUCCCCCUGUGCUGCCCAGUCCCCUCAGUGUGCGUUUGGGAUGCCCCUUAUGCCUCACUGUGCCUUUAUGUGCAGCCUGGGAGUCCCUGUGUGCAUCCCAGGACACACCACGUUCCUCUUGGUGCCUUUCAGGCCACCUCAGGAGUCAGCAUUUGCCUUUUGGUGCAGCCCAGGAGCCUCUGUGUGCCUUUCAGUUUGCUCCUUGGGCCUUCUGGUGCCCCCUGCCCCCUCUGACUGCCCUCAGUGACCCCAGCAGCCUCAGUGCUUUUUUCUGUGCCCUCAGGACUCCUUGGUUUGGUGUUUCCUGCACCUAAAUGUCAUGUUUGGCUUCUGUGUCCUGGCAGGCAUUGUUUUUCUUUUAGUGCAUCCCAGAGUUUCCUGUGUGCCUUUUGGUGGCCCUGAAGAUCUCUGGGUGGUUUGGAGCAUUUCAAAGCCUUCAUGGGGCUGCCAGACCAUCCCAGGCCCUUCAGUGUGCUGCCCAAGGACAGGACUGGCUGCAAAAAGCUCCUUUUGAUAGUUUUUUCCAUUGAGCUGGGAAUGUUGGUGCUGAGAAGGCUCAGCCAGCACCUAAGGCCUAGGGUGAGGCUGGAGUGUAGGGUGAGGGCCAGGAAGAGCUUGGAGCUGCCACUGAUGUGGUUUGGCAGAGGAGCUGCCAAAGGAUGGGUGAGGCUACAGUGGUUUCGCCCUCAAUAGCUUUUCCCCAGGCUACAGCUCAUCUCAAGCCAAGGUAUAGGGCUAGCUCAGUGCUGAGAGUGGGACAAACAGCCCUUUACAGCAGCCCUGGCUGCUGCCUCACUUCCCAUCACCCACAAAUCAGGGCUGGGGCUGCCCUUGCACCUCCCUGCCCUGCUGCCUCCUUCCCUUUCCUGUGGAAAUGCUGCUGGAAAUGCUGAGUGAGUGUGCUGGGAGAUGGCCUGGAAGGGUCUGGAGCUGUGCUCCAGGAGAAAGCCACAAGCUGGGGUGACAAAACAUCUUUCAAGGAGAAACAGCAGCCCUUUUUGGCUUGGUCCUUACCCACUGCAAGAUGAUCAGAGGCACAAUGAGAUGCUGUGACCACCAGCCUUGUUCACACCAUCUGCUGCCCAUAUAGGAGCUGGGACCUGCAGGGAUGUGGCAGGAGUCAGUGCUUCCUUCACUGGACCCUUGGCAUGGGUUCAGGAAAUCACACAGAAAUAAAGUGAGUGUCACCUCA